AAAAACUUUCAUAAUUUUGCAAGCUAAACAAUCGAAUUUGUGAAAAUUUUCUUGAAAUUUAGUAGUUAAGCGUCCAAAACUCGGUACCAAACUAACGAAUGCGUGUCACCUAAGUUGCCGUUCAUCGAAUCCGAGUGUUUGCGCGCGCGACUGAUACCAGUUCGGAGGAAUUGAGCUGCUUCGAUCGGGGGGUCAAAAUGCAUCUCUCCCAGGAUGUGUCGAGUGCGCUGCAGCAAAUUGAAGUCAUCAAACAGACGGUGGAGGAAAUGGAACCCAACAAGCUGCAGUUGAACGUAAUGGACGAUUUGAAGCUGGUUAUCGACCUGCUUCAGGAUCCGGUUUUCCGGAACAUCGUCCAGAUACAGGAUUCGCUAGCCGAGUUGAACCAUCAAAUCACCCAACAUCCGUCGAUUCUGCCCGGGGAUUUCGAUAUCGCCAACAGUGGGGAGCUGAUUCUAAACGUUCCUCCCGUUUCGGAUCUGUUCGAUGCCGACUAUCCGGACGAGCAGCGGGUGCCAUCGGCCCAAAUUUCUCCCGGAAGUCCCGCCCCACCGCAGCAACAGCAAAAGUUGCUGGAACAUGCAGCGAUGGCGGUGGUUCCCAGUCAAUCAUCGACGGCAGCGACAGCUGGACUGGUAGCGGUCGGGCGGGAUUCCCAGGGAUUGCUGCAGCAUGCUCCACUCAAGAUCACCAACGAGCUGAUGGAGGGCAAGGCUGUCGAGGAUCUUCGCAACCUAGAUGCCCUGGAUGAUUCCGGUUUGUUGCUGCACGAUACCUCGAAGGGUUCGACCGCCGAUUCAACAGGCAAUUUGUCCAUUGGGUCUUCCGAGUGGUCCCGAAUCGUUGAUAUCGAACUGGUAAACGAUGGAACCGGGCUGGGUUUCGGCAUCAUCGGAUCGCGGGCUACCGGAGUGACGGUGAAAACCAUUUUGGCCGGUGGAGUAGCGGAUCGUGACAACCGGUUACAGUCUGGAGAUCAAAUUCUACAGAUUGGCGAUGUCAAUUUGCACGAGAUGGUCUCGGAGCAGGUUGCUUCGGUUUUGCGGCAAUCGGGAACUCAUGUGCAGUUGGUGGUUGCCAGACCGAUCGAAACAGUCAAUGGGGCCAUUGAGGAGUUUGAAAGCUCGGCCGUUGUACCGACGGUGCUGUUGGCUAAUCCUUUGAAGCUAAAACAAUAUCUGGCUGAUUCUGGAUUCCCGGAAAUUUACAACGUUUAUUCGGUGGCGAAUUUGGACAAGGACGCUUACGAUAAGGAUAGUCCUUUGGAGUUCCCCGAAACUGAAAUCUUCACGGUUGAGCUACGUAAGGAUCAAAACGGAUUGGGAAUCACAAUUGCAGGAUACGUUUGUGAAAAGGAAGAACUGUCUGGUAUAUUUGUCAAGAGUGUGUCCCCGGGAAGUGCCGCGGAUUUGAGUGGAAAGAUUCAUGUUAACGAUAGAAUCAUCGAAGUGGAUGGUCAAUCACUGCAUGGCUUUUCAAACCAUCAGGCGGUAGAUGUGCUGAAGCAGAGUGGCCAUGUGGUGAAGCUGUGUUUGGAGCGAUAUUUGAGAGGUCCCAAGUAUGAUCAGCUGCAACAGGCUAUCGCUGCCAACGAAAUGAAACCUCCGGCACCGACCACACCACCUCCGAACCUUCCAGGUACUACCGAUUUGUCGAAGUACGGUAACAACAUUCUAGACAUCUUACCGAGGACUGUUGAUAAGCGAUCACCAGAAUCGAAGCUUCUUUUCAACGACGAUGAUCCAAUGAGUCUGCUGAAUGAGGUCGAUCAACAAGCGGCCCAUAAGAAGUUAGCCCGGGCUAAGGAUUCGAUUGAAGCUCACGAGUACCGUGAUAAGCUGAUCGAUCCCUCGAUAAUUCCUCCACCUCCGCAGAUGGAGGCGGAUCUGGAUAUUUUGAUGGCCGAAGCUACGAAUCCUCAUGCUGCUUUCGUUAAGCAUGGCAAGCAGCGUAGCUCGUUGAAAGUGAACGAGGAAACCGAGGCGUUCAUUGUUAAGAAAUGGAAUUCUAUGUUGGGAUCGAACGUGAAGAUUAUUGUGGCGAAUAUUAGGAAAUUUGCAGCUUCCAGUGGGUUGGGUAUAUCCCUGGAGGGCACCGUAGACGUUGAAGGUGGCAAGGAAGUACGACCACAUCACUACAUUCGGUCGAUUUUGCCCGAGGGGCCAGUGGGACAGAAUGGAUUGCUCCGAUCCGGAGAUGAAUUGCUUGAGGUAAAUGGUCAGCGGCUGCUUGGAAUGAACCACCUGGAGGUGGUUUCUAUUCUGAAGGAGUUGCCUCAGGACGUUUGUAUGGUCUGUGGUCGGGGCGAUCCAGAAAUGUUGCAGUUUACUGAGGAAGCACUGAUCAAUACACUGGAGGAGGAAGUGGCCAAGAAUAUGGCGGUAGCUGGGCUGCAAGGAGGAAGUUUGACUCCAUCAGAGCGCUUGGUGAAAGCCAAGAGCGAUGGAAGUUUGGCUACGACCGGAGGUGGCAACGAUGCUUUCUCGAAGAUUAAAUCGCGUAGCUUGGAGCCGUUGACAGGAUUGGCAAUGUGGAGCUCGGAGCCACAAAUCAUCGAGCUGGUUAAGGGUGAACGAGGACUAGGGUUUUCGAUUCUGGACUAUCAGGAUCCUCUAGAUCCGAACGAUACUUUGAUUGUAAUUCGAUCCCUGGUUCCGGGAGGAGUUGCUCAGUUGGAUGGUCGUUUGAUUCCUGGAGAUCGAUUGUUGUUUGUCAACGAUACGAUUCUAGAAAAUGCAUCCCUAGAUCAGGCUGUUCAGGCACUAAAAGGGGCACCGAAAGGUGUGGUCAAAAUAGGAGUAGCAAAACCGCUGCCCAUGCAAGAUUCCUCGAUCACACCUUUCGAAGAUAGGGGAGGGGAAGGAGUAGCGACCAGCUAUCAUGGAAGCGAAGGAAAUCGCGCUACCAGUGGUAAGAUGUUAUCGAUGAGCAAACCGGACAUUAUCAUGGAAUGAGAACGUUUAGUCAUAAGCAGAGAUGAAUAUCAACGUUGUAUGGAUUUGUUCAAGCACCUAUCGGAUCUGUUGAAGUUUAUCGACUAUGUUAGCGCUAUUAUGAACGACAAGUAUUUGGUUUAAGGUUGUCCUGUCCAUCUUAAACCUCCCUUCAAUGCACACAGUACCGCUUUAAAGCAACGAGCUUUCGCUUUUUCCACAAAUUUUCCAGAGCUGGAACCGGCUUUCAAGAUUCGUUCCUACGAUCAAACCUUGAAAGCUGUGUUCCACACCGGCUUAGGUCAUCAGCGAUCUAUGCGGUUAUUUUCAAACAGGAACAAAACGCUAAAAGUACUUAGAUGAAACUAUGGAAAAAGACUAUUUAUAUUGCUGUUAUACUGUAAAAUUUUCUUUAGUUGGAACAUUCACCAAACCUCAUAUAAAAACCCAACCCAAUCUACCCAAAAGUUCGAGUAACACGCUGAAGCAACCAAAACAAGAGCAUCACCAACACGAUCGAUUGUCGUCCUAAAGGUUUUCGAUUUUUUUUUUCGGUUUAAAUUUUAACAAAACGCUCGAAGUAUGUGAUUGAAUUUGCACGAUACAAAAUCAGAAAAGAUAUUGUUAAACAUUUAAUUCUAUUUUAGAUAAGAUAUUUUUAGGAUAGUAUUUGUGUUAUUUAAAAUGAUGCUUUUAAAAUUUUGAAUUUGACUAAUCUGAGUAUGGAAAAGCUUGGAAUUUCAAUAAGUUAAGAUCACUCAUAAUGAAUACAAUUGUUAAAUUUUCGGUGUGGUUUUCAUUUUUUAACAUUUUUUGUUGAAAAUCAUUAGAUUCACAGAGAUUUUAUUAUGAAAUGAAAUUUUAUAUUUUAAACUGGCAAGGAACGAACGGAACAUGAACACUGGGCAACAAUGGAAACUCACUUUUUCAGACGGCUGGGUAUCGAAACAAAAUUGUAACAUUCUCACUGUCAUUAAACGUAACAAAAUUGAAAACAAUUUUCGUUCCCAAAAACUUAUCUAGAAAAUUAUAAUUUCGGCGGUUUUAUCUCGUUUCAUAAAAAAUUUGCGCCUCUUCGAAGACAUUCUUAUAAAAAAAAACAUUACUAUCAACAGAAUCCGAGGGAGUUAUUGAAAAGAAAACAAAAACAAAUUCCAUGAAAUUCGUUUCUGACUUAUGACGUAAAUUGGCUAGAAAUCAAAGUUCAAAUAACAAAACAAAAAAUAAAAGAAUCAAAUCAACAACAUCACACCGAAUUUGACGGCAAACGAAUCAAAGAGAAGAAAAGUCGCAUAGGUUGAGAAAAUCAGAAAUAUUGAAUUGAAAUUUAGAUAUGUGCGAGUGUAAGUUAUCGAUGUUCUAGUGAAACGAUCCUGUUUCGGACGUGUAGUUUUGAAAAUCUUGCCAACAGCAGAAAAAUGCAAAUCAAAAACGUUAAUCUCGUAGCCAUUUACCUCUUCCGUAGGGCACAGGGCCUGGCCAAUGAAUAUUCUACUAAAUUUACAAUUUAACAAGGAGAAAUUAAGAGUUCCACGUUUUUUCCUAAAUGUGAGAACGUUUACUUUCGGGUAGCUUAGUAGGAUAGCUUUUUGAAAUAUGUAGAAACACAAAAAACAUGAUUAAAAACUAGAUUGUGCAAAGUCCAACUCAGAAGUAGACAUUUUCUGCCAAAACCAAACAAAAAAUUAACGCAAAUGGUGCAAAGUAAAAAUCGUUUUUAAGAUGAUGAUAACAAAACAGCCUGUGGGGAUAUGUGACGUGUUAAAGGUGGGAAAGCAGUUCGGUCAAAAAUUCACACUCAUACUUAUGCGCCAAUCUUAGGGAAAACAUUCUCCAUUCCAUUAGUUUUACUGAAUCUUUCAUCACCGAAUCUUUAUAACACCAAUGAUACCAUCUUAGUUAGGAUUACUGAAUAACAGUUGCAAAAAUACUCAUUGGAAAUGUUGGUUUUUGCUGAAUCUUUUAUGAAACAAUCCCACUCCAAAAGUUGUUGCUCAUUGUGAUUUCUAAAAAUUACAAAAACAGUAGGACUACUAUCUAAUCGUUAGAGCUAUAAGCACCUUUUGAAAACAAACAAAAAAUGAACCUAUUUUCCUAACAAGAGUAUCAAUAUUCGAAUAUGAACACCAACACAUUCCCUGCUGCAUAUUAUCGUGUAUUCAAGUUUUUUUUAAAAUCAAAUUUAAAAAUUUAAAAGAAUUUUCAGUAUUUUCUAUAUUUUAAAAGUUUAUAUACUAUCAACAUAAAUCCGUAUCUUUUCAUUACAUUUUUACUUUGUCAAACUUUGACGUGUUACUGUUACUUCAUUUUCAAUUAAACGUUGAAAUGAAAUCACCUUUCCUACCUUCUGUACUUAAUUUUUACUACAGUUUGAAGAUCAUGUAGUUUGAUCAAAUUUGUUAAUCCCAUACUUUGAAAAUAAACAUGCCUAGAAUCACAUUAUAAUAUAAAUGGUAUCUAACAGCUAAAAUGCAAACAUUCCAAACAUGUGUCUAGUAAUAGUGGCAAAAUCGUAAUGAAUUCUUUCAACAGUAAAAGUCAUCAUGCACCGAUAAACAAACACACAUUCUUUCUUGUAGAAUUAGCAGUAGUAGUAGUACCUAAAAAAAUAUUAGCAGUAAUAGUGAUAGUACAGAUUGAUUUAUUUAUAUACACUGUUUAGUCGAUGAGGAAAUCCAAGUUGAGAGCUCCAAUUUCCACUUAGUUUAUUGCUAAAACGAAACUUGCAAUUAUAUACAAUACUUAUUAUACUUAUAUGACAUUUCCAUAGCAGACUCACUAUUCAAGGAACUAUAUUGAUGGUAAUAAACGCAUAUAUUUAAAGUCA